GGCGGCCGGGGGCCAUGGAGGCGGGCGGCGAGCGGCGGCGGCGGCGGCGGGAGGCGGCCCUGGUGGUGGUGAAGGCCGAACGGCGCAGCCCCCGCCGCUCCGCCUCCCGCUCGAAGCGGGGCAGCCAGUCGCCGCCGGCCGAGGAGCGGCGGGGCCCGGGCAGCCGCGGCAGGAGCAGCAGAUCGCCCAAGAGGAAGAGCAAGGCCGGGCGGAGGAGCCGGUCCCCGCGCGGCCGGAGGAGCCGCAGCCCGCACCACGCCGCCGUCAAGGUGAAGCAGGAGCGAGAGGAUCAUUGUCGUAGAGGGAACGAGGAGCGAAAGCAGAGACACUCGUCAGAGCAGGAGCACAGGAGGGAGAGGAGUGGUGACAGAGACAGACACAGAGACCACUCGGACAGGAGGAAGAAUCCAAACGAGAGGGGAGUCCGAGGCCAGGAGCGAGAGAGGGACGCUCAGAACCUCCGGGAGCAGCAAGCAGAGAGGGAGUUUUACAACGAGAGGAGGCGGGAGCAUCGGCCGAGUGCCGAGGGCAGCGGGGCGGAGCAGAACGCGGAGCUCAGGCCCCCUGACAGCAAACCUAGAGACAAAGCUGCCGCCAGCAAGGAGAAGCCGAGCUUUGAACUGUCGGGGGCGCUGCUGGAGGACACCAACACCUUCCGGGGGGUCGUCAUCAAGUACAGCGAGCCCCCCGAGGCGCGGGUGCCCAAGACGCGGUGGCGCCUCUACCCCUUCAAGAACGACGAGUUCCUGCCCGUGAUGUACAUCCACCGGCAGAGCGCCUACCUGCUGGGCCGGCACCGCCGCAUCGCCGACAUCCCCAUCGACCACCCCUCCUGCUCCAAGCAGCACGCCGUGUUCCAGUACCGGCUGGUGGAGUACACGCGCGCGGACGGCUCGGUGGGGCGCCGGGUGCGGCCCUACAUCAUCGACCUGGGCUCGGGCAACGGCACCUUCCUCAACAACCAGCGCAUCCAGCCCCAGCGCUACUACGAGCUGAAGGAGAAGGACGUGCUCAAGUUCGGGUUCAGCAGCAGGGAGUACGUCCUGCUCCACGAGUCCUCGGAUAAAUCCGAGGCCAACACCAAGGACGAUGACGAGGAGGACGAGAAGGAGGAAGAGUCUGACAGUUAACGGAUGAGGAGGAGACUGGGGAGGGGGGAGAGAAGAGGAAUUGUCUGCAGCUAAACAUGAGUUGGGAUGUAAACAAGGGAGGGUCACAGCACUGAUGCCUCUUGCUGCCUUAAAGUCCUUUUUCUGUUGCUGAUCUGUUCUGAUAGUUUGUUUUGGGGGACUUCAUGGAUUCAUCUUUGGUAGUUCUGUGUAUCAGGAAAUACAGAUCUUUGCUUUUUUGCUUUUUUCCCCCUUGAGAAGCAAAGGAGCACCUGGAUGUGAAAGCUCUGAUGCUAGAAGUAUUCAAGAAAUGCUAGAAUUAUUCAAGAAAUGCUGGAAAACUGUCCUAGGAACUGAUGUAAACCACAGCUGGCACACUUAAAUUUAUUUUUACUACCCUUUCAAAAUACUACUUAACUGAUGUCCUAGUCAGAAAGUAACCUGAUGUGUUUUGUUACACAUCUGGCUUGGAAGGGCUUUCCCACUUUGGCUGUUUGGAGCUGUGGGCAGGAGGGUUUACCAGGCUGCCCCACAGGCAGCAGAGUUGCCAGGGCCUGGUGCUCCUUGGGGGUCCCUUUGCCUUGGGCUGCCUUCCAGGGACGAGCAUUUUUCUGGGAUACUCCACCUGAAAAUUAAAGGUAAUUUGAAAUGCAAGUGAAGUAGUUGCUGGGGUUCAGGUGGCAGUUCUGUGGUGUCUCUGCCCAGCCGUGUUCCAGAGGACAGAGCUGAAACCCUCACUUGGUGUGGAGCCCCGGGCGCGACGCUGGGCCCGCUGAUCUGAUCCCAGCCCUGCCCUCUGAAUAACUGUUCCAUGGUUUUGUUUGCAUUACACAUAAAUUCCUUUUAUGUGGUGACAUGUUUUGACCAGAGUUUGCACUAUUUACGUUUCCUUCUCAUUAGAAGUUGAAGAAGUCCUUUGUUUAAAAUAGUUGUCUCCCCUGUGAAAAGCACAGUGCUUUAGGAAGAGAACAAACACUUCCACUCACUGGAGCUAACUUGCAUCUUGUGUAUUUUGAAUGUCUUCUCCCUGUGGUUUGCUUUAUGGUGUAAGAAAUGUGUAUUUCCCCCCGUUUACUGGUUUGGGGUGUUUGUUCCGUGCCCCCCACGAGGUCACGGGCAGGAACGUGGGUGGUGUAAAUAUGGGCAUUGCUGGAGGUUUUCAAACAGGCAGAAUUAGUUUUGGCUGGGAGGAUCUCCUUUAUACAGACUCCAGGGGUUUUUAAAUAAAGAAUUUGUAAAUUUA